UUGUGCUUGAUAUUUUAGAUAUUAAUAUUGUGACAUACUGAUAUUCGAUUAAAUAGAUGAUACAUGCUGCCUUUUGCUGUUUCUUUUCGUGGGUUUUAAAGUUUUGUGAUUUUAGUUGUAGUUAAUGGUUUUUACUGAUAUAAAACCGAAGUCAUAAAUCCUUGUCUUUUGGACAUGUUCGAGCUUGCCAAUUUUGUUGACAGAUUCAGAUUGCCAUAGCCUAGGCAUAUCUAACAUUGUAGUAUCAGACUGUUGUAAGUGUAUGACAUACUGCUUCUAGGUAAAAUCCUUAAUUGUGAAAGACACAGCACAUGUGUGAAUUAUGGCAAAUGCACCAUCAUCAUCAUAUCUCAUGAAAAAUGUUCAAGAUUUAAGAAAAAGACUGAUAGAUACAGAGAAAAAUUUGAGAACUUUAACAGAUCUAGAGUCAGCAGAAAUUGAAGGAUCAAGAGGACUGAGGACUGCUAAUUCUUCGAGACGACUACCAUCACAUGAUCCCCAGCCUGCAACUGAGACCAUGUCAUACAGACGUGACAACACUGACGAUUUUGUAGACCGAGAGAGCAUCAGAUCAGGGUUGAGUACUUUGCCAGAUUCUUAUACUGGCUUUCUGGAACGACCCUUCCCAGCUAGCACACCAAAUAGGCAUGAGACAUAUUCAAGACGGUAUCAUGAAGAGGAUUUGCAGUCUGAUGUACAAUCUGGUGAAAUGAACAGUUCACACCAUAGAAGCAGAAAUCACCAGGACACAAGUUCCAAGGUCAUGAGGCAGAAUCAUAGACUGCUGUCAGAAGUUGAGAGAUUGGCCUACGAACUACAGACUGCUAACAGAAAGAUUCGUGAACUUACAGAAGAAUUUGACGGUAACGGUGACAUUAUAGCUGAGCUUGAGGAUAAAAUAGAGGGACUACAGUCGGAGACUGAUGCUCAAGACACAGCAUUACGAACCGCUGAAGAACGAUAUGAGGAGUGCCAGCGGACAGUUUCUCACUUACAAAGUAAAACAGAGGAACUUGAGCAGGACGUGGCUGAUCUUAGAACAGAACUGAAUGCUGAAAAGAAACUGAGGAGAAGUGUGGAAAAACAGAGGGACGAAGCACUACAGAACUUUUUAGAGUCACAAGAAUCCUUGUCAGCUUACCAGAAACGAAUGAAGGAUAAAGUUAAAAUGAUGGAACAAAGUGAAGACCAUCUGAGAGAUAUGUUGUCCCAUAUCAGCCACGAGAGAGAUGAACUUGGCAGGCGUCUUGCUGCAUUUGAAGAUAAGUUUGAGAAUCAGGAUAAAGAGCUACAACGACUACAGAGUCUGGAAGCUGUUGAACUGGAAACCCAGAAUGAUAUGGAACAACAAAAUAUGGAAAUGCGAGAAGAACUCAGAAUAAUGAAGGCUGCUCUUAUAAAACUGCAGGCGGAAUCGGACGACAAGGAGACCGUGAGACGGGAGAACGCCCGCCUGCAGACAGAGAACCAGAAGCAGCAGCAGGAACUGAACGUCUGCCAGCAGGAGGUGGAAGAAUCCCGCACGCUGCUCGUUCAGCUGGAGCUGCUGGCCCAUCAGCUUCAUCGCAACAGUCAGGCCAGCAUUACAGGAAAUGAUUCUGGGGUCAGUGGUAUGCUUGGUGUACACGGUCAGAGUUCGUCCAGCUUUAAUAAAGACAGUUCCAAUUGUGCCGACGAAGUCGAAUCGCAUUCCACAGGUGCUACGAAGGGAAGUGGAGCUAGAAGCAUAGUUUCUGAUCUCAGGCUUCAGCUGCAUUCGAAAGAUGCUGAGAUUCAACGACUACGAUCAAGUCUUGAAUCCCGUGAAAAUGACCCCUCAUCUGCUGUCUGUGAAUCCUUACGUGCAGAACUCAGCUCUCUGAUGGACAGGCACAAACAUGAAAGUGAAAAAAGUCAAGAACUGGAGGUUGUUAUUGGGCAAUUAGAAAUGGACAAAUCCAGGUUGGCCACUCAGCUGAUGGAUUUGCAGCGGAACUUGUCGGACCGAGAUUCGCAGAAUGUUGCGCUGGAUUCUCGCAUUACCCAGAGGAACAGUCAGAUAAUUGAAUUUCAAGAAGAGAUCAACAGAAAAUGCACUGAAAAUAACAAUCUAGAAAGAGAGUUAAGAAAGAAAUCUUUGCGCCUGUCCAGCGUGGAGGAUCAGCUUGAUGAGAAGAUGCGCGAGUUCUCUACGCACAUCGCGCGCAUGAAGCAGCUGGAGGAGGAGGUGAUCGGGCGGGGGGAGGAGAACCGGGGGCUGCAGGACCAGCUUGACCACAUGCACGGCGAGCUGAGGAAUGUGCAGCAGGCUCACGACAAACUGCAGCAUGUGCACAACAACCAGUGUGACGAUUACUGCAAACAGAUCGACAGGCUUCAAGAACAGGUGGAGAGGAAAACAAAUUUCUUAAAAGAGUACGAGAAAGAUCUGAUUUCCUUGAAAGGAGAGUUAGCAGAAAAAUCCUCAAAACUGGAUCACAUCGAGCAGGCACUUAAAGAAGCAAAAGAGGAACUAAAGUUACGAAGCCAGCAAAACCAGUCUUUACAUGCGCAACUUGAACACCUGUCUGUUGAAGGGAAGUCCCAGAUGAAACACCUCGAGUCCUCGUUGUUGAUGUGUAAAGAAGAGAUUCGAACCUGCGUGUCCAAUCUUAACCUGUCUAGAGAUCAGUUCAACAGAGAGGUCAAGCAGAAAGAUGAACAGCUAUCCCGGUUGAACAGUGAGUUUAAAGAGAUGAGACAGGAACUGGACGAGAAGACCCAGGAGAACAGGAGCCUGGAGAAGUCUUUGCUGGAACGUCAGUCCAUGUUACAACAGUCGACACGCAGAAUCUCCGAACUGGAGGAGAACCAGCUCGACUUGAACAGACAGGUAUCCUAUUUGGAGCAGCAGCUGUUACGAGAUAAAGCUCAGUUAAGUGGACAGUGCGACACUGCUGAGAGAAAGCUGCGUCAGGCAUGUAAUGACCUGGAGCACAAAACUGCUGAAGUAUCAGAUCUCAAUCAGACCGUGAGAUCCCUGCAGGAAGAGAAGCGUCGCCUGCUGUCCGAUCUGACGUCUGCCGAGGAGCAGCUGCAGGAGGAGAGGGAGGACCAGGACAACAAGUCUGACCGACUCAGCAGACUGGAGAAAGACGUCCGCGACCUCCGCGUUCAGCUCGAACAGAAGAUUGAGUUAGUCAAUGAUCUUGAGGACCAGGUAGCAAAUAAGGAAGAAGACAUGCGUCAGCAGCUGCAGUUAGUCAAUGAGAUGGAUGCUGAAGUAAAACGUCUCAAGGAUAGUCUAAAGGAAGCGAAACAAGAGGCCGCUAAGACUGAUGAUGAUCUGCAACGAGCGCUGUUUGAUGUGAAGGCCAAGGAAGACAUGCUGAAUGACCUCAGAGAUGCUCUCAGAAAAACGCAGGAAGAAUUAGAUUCUAAAUGUGAUGAACUGUAUGAGAUGCAACGAGCUUUGGAUGAUAGACAGAGAGAACUACAAGAGAGAAUGUCUCAGGUUGCCCAGCUGGAUCAUACAAUUAAAGACACUCACUCGGAGAUGGAGAAGAGGAUGCACAAGUUGGACACCCAGCUGCAGAAAUACGAGACUGAGAUUGAUGAGAGAACAAAACAGAUAGCAAACCUUGAUGACAGCUUGCAGCAGACGCAGACUCAGCUGCGAGAGAAGAUGUUACAGCUCCAGCAGACGGAGCAGCUCGCUCAGAGACAGCAGCUGGAACUCCAGGCCACCUCGGCCAAACUCGACGAGCUCGAGAAAGUCAGUGAAAGACAGAGACAGAAGAUUGAGGAACAAAGGGAAGAAAACGUCGAGAUUACUCAGGAGCUCAGGCUGACUAGGGAACAGUUGCAGCAGCUGCAUGGUGACUUCAUGACGACACGCCGUGAGCUGGCUCAGGCUCACCGAGAACGAGAUCGUCUCACUAGAGAACUAGAAGAAACGCUGGCUUUUACUCAGAGUAAAGACACGGACACUGCUCGUCUUGCUGAGGAAGUCGUUGCACUGCAGGCCCAGGAAGCCCAGGCAGAGGCCAGACACAAGGGUGAACUCGAUCUCCUCAAGUCAGAAAUAGACAGUAUUAAAGAGAAACACAGAAAUGGGAUUGAACACUUAAAUGACUCCCUGACUACACUACAGUCUACCAAUGAGGAACUGAUGAGUGAGCUGGCGGCCACGCUUAAAGAGAUGGAGGUGUUGGAAUCACGUUACAAACAACAGCUAGACAAGGCGAGAGAUGACCUGGAGAUACUUCACAAUGAACUCAUGUCGAGGAAGGAGGUCAUCGACACAGCCAAUGAGACCAUUGUACUGAAGGAAGCUGAAAUUGCCCGCCUGCAAGCCAGGUUGUCGGGUUACGAGCGUGCGGCCAUUUCGCAGCUGUGUUUGGCACAGAUGGCACAAGAAGAGAAUCGUGGUGUGGCCCCAGGUGUUAUGCUGCAGACCGUUCCUCAUAAUGUCCUUCAUAACAGACAAAAUAUCCAUUCCAGUUCCCAGUUACCUGAAUCAGACACCCGUUAUGUGAAUGGAACAGCUCAAAUGUUUGACGCAGAAGUUCAGCCUUCUCGGACAGGCAGUGAACACAUUUUUCAAGAAAUGUUGCUGGAAGCCUCGAAAAAUGGGCAGCCAGAUUUGCAUCCCUCUAAGCCUAGCGAUGUUAGGAAGGCUCUCAAUUUUGACAGUGUCUCUGAAAGUGAUGUGCAUUUGCCUGUUGGUGUCAAAGGCAGUAGUCAAGUUUGUAAUGAGACUGAUGCUCAUUUGUUACAAGACAUGGAUAUUUCUUGUAUAUCACAAGACACUGAUACCGCUCGUGUGCCACAAGACACUGAUACCGCUCGUGUGACACAAGACACAAAUACGUCACGUUCAGUAUAUGUUAGGACCCAGAGACAGCCAAAGAGACGAGGAGACUUCCCUAUAUUACAUGAUGAUCCCCAUACAGCCGUUGGAAUAUAUGAAAAUCACUCGAGUGUACAAUCAUCUGAUUCUGGUAGUAUGGACAAAAUAUCAGGUGUGAAUAGUGAGCAGAGUUUGGUGGAUUUGCAUGAACGCCUCCGAUCAAACCAAUUACAGCAGCAGGAGAUAGAACGACAGUUACAAUCGUUGAAUGCCGAUGACAGUACCGAUGCUGAAGUAGCAGCUUUAACAUGACAUCCAGCACCCAGCUUGUUUGACUGAGAGCAUUUAAACAUUCUGUGUGAUUCUUUCUGAGAGAAUGUCUCUCCACAGUAUUUAUCAGACCACAGUGUAAACCCAAAAUGCAGUACUGUUUACACUACUGACUGACUGACCACACAUUCCAGUGGAUGUUUAUUAAAAAAAAGUGUCUGUGAUAUAUUUCUGGCAAGAGUUGGCCAAGUGAGUCCAGCUCUUGUGUAUUCACUUUCUUUGGAUGGUGUCAUGAUCGUCAUGGUGAAUGUUAAAUUGGAUCAGCUGACAUUAUUUGUGCUUGUAAAUGAAAUCUUGAAUCAUGAUUUUCUAAACCACAUUCCCGUGAAUGGUCCACUGUUUUCAAGAUGAUGUAACUGUAUACACUCAUCAUGGAUCCUGACUCUUGAUUUACUGCAUUUAGCCUAAGACAAUACAAUGACAUUGGUCCUAUUCGUUUUUCUUUUGGUGCCAUAAGUUUACACAUUCCAGUUAAUGCCAGCUGUUGCGCAUAUAUGACUGAGACAAAGACAUAAAUACUGAAUUUAGUACUUGAAGUUGAGGACAGUGGAAUGGAGAGGGGGGAUAGGGGUUGGGUAACACAGUAGUGGAAUACUUAUCUGAGGUAUGAUAACCUUCGAUAGGUUAUGGUGUGUGUCGUAAUAUCAUAGCCUACGAUGGUUUUAUGAUAUUGUAGCUUUAAGAUGGCUUCAAAAAUCUGUAGCCUGUACGAGAAAGUUUAUAAAGAUAUCUUAUUGCUUUUGGGUAGGAGCAACACUAUCUGGCAGCAGUGAAUUACCUGCCCUCCCCCCCCCCCUCCCCCUCCCCCUCUCUCUCUCUCUCUCUCUCUGUCUCUGUCUCUCUGUCUCUCUCUCUGUCUCUGUCUCUCUCUGUCUCUGUCUCUGUCUCUGUCAACUACAUGUUGAAAUAACCAUAUAUUAGACACCAUAUAGCUAUAGUUUAAAAUUUGCUGAAGCAUCAAUAAACCAAUAUUCCCUGGGGCAAUGUUUCUGUUUGUUUUGAAUCAGGGGAUUGGCUUGCUUCUUUACACAGAUGUGGGCUACCGUUAAAAUUGUGGCCAUCUGUUAUGCUUCGCUAGAUUUGUCUUUAAGGUAAUCUCACCCAUUCUUUGAUGGGGGUUUUUCCUGUCCCAACCAUAGCCUGAGUACUCUGGCUGACGGACAUGUAAACAACCCCUGCAAUUGUAAUCGGCAAUGCUGUAGAAAUUACCGUGGAGGUUUUAAUUCUCGACAGCACUUUUUUGCCUUGGACUAUAUUCAGGUUUUUCUUUUCAAUGGCAUGGUUUUUGCCGUGGACAUUUUCUUAAUUGCAGGGGUUGGUAGAUAUUGGGUUUGCAAACCCAGUACUGGAUCCCACCCAGAGUGAGUUUAUAAGGGCUCAUUGGGGAGGUGCAAGGCCUCCAGACUAAGUUAUGUCUCAUUAACCAUUAACAUAUUCUAUUGGGCAGACUAUCCACAUAGCUGACACGGGCGUAUGAAGGUGCCAAAAGGUGGGAGGGGGGACACACACAUAUAUACAUGUAUAAAUAUAUUUUAAAAAAACAUCUCUGUUACUACCUGUUUGAACCUUAAAUUAUUAGCAUGAAAAUUAAUGAAGAAAGCAAUACAUAUUUCAUAACUAUGGCAAAUUAUAGCUUCUAUUUAUAUUACAAAACCGUUUACUGUUUGUUUAUUUUGAUGUAAUUUCUUUUGUUAUAACUUUUAAAAGCCUAAUUGUGUGUUGUUAUUUUAAUUAAAUGCCUAUUUGUUACAUUGAAUGUAACAUUGAAGCUUUUAAAAAAUAAUUAUUAAAGUAAUAGUAAUUAACUGAUUACCACACUUGGCUUUUCUAAAACAUUUCCUUAUCCACUGAGGCUAUUUCUCACUCCAGCCAGUGCACCACGACUGGUAUAU